GAACUGUUGCAUACAUUUAAAUGCGUAUGCAUAUGUGUGCAGACUUGUCCCAAAUUGAAAAUCUCACGCCAGCCAGUUGAUCAAAGUUGGCAGCCCCGUGAACUGCCGCUCUGAAUUUGUAAAACGUAGGGAAACAUACACAGACCUCGCGGCUGUGGUACGUGUGCAGGGAAUAUCAGAAUUACUACUAAUACUUAAAUAGGACACGUGCGCAUGUGCAAAGUACACAGCUUGACCAGAGAAAUAUGAACGUUUCCAUGUACGCAUACGCGGUGUAAUACGCGAGUGCUGCGCUUUGCGGAGAACCAGCCUAGAUGCGUCCGCGUUGGGAGCGUCGCGUCGGCGCGCUGCUGGAGAGAGGUGUGUGUCCAAAGUGGAUUAAAAGUUCAUAUUGUGACCUAAAGACAAACUCACUUUUAGUGGUAAUCUUUGUUGUGUAAUUUUAUGGUUAAUAUGUUUGAUGAAUGCUGUUUGUAAUUUUAUUUACCUGUAAUUAAGCCUAUUAGUUUAACACGCGCGUCAUUUCGGCGCGUCUUCCCGCCGGCGUCGCGCGGGCGUCCAACAUUUCCUGAGGUAAUUCACAUAUUUGACUUUUUAUAUUUUAUGUAUCGUACAGAAUAAUAGAGCGCAGGCUAAAGUGCAGUUCGGCCCCAGCGAGUCUCUCAGCGCGGCGUGUCUCACAGCGCAGGGGGCAGCCGGAGCGCCGCAGACUCGGGCGGCUACAUGAGUAUAUUGGGAAUAAAAUACUCCUGCCAGCUGACGCUGGACCCCAACACAGCAAACAGAUUCCUGUCUCUGUCAGGGGGGAACAGGAAGGUGACAGGGGGGGCAGAGCAGCCAUAUCCUGAUCAUCCAGAGAGAUUUGACAGCUGGAGCCAAGUUCUGUGCAGAGAGAGUCUGACUGGCCGCUGUUACUGGGAGGCUGAGUGGAGUGGAAAUGGAGCCUGGAUAGGAGUGACUUAUAAAGGGAUCAGGAGGAAAGGAGUGAGGGACUAUGGGCUUGGAGCCAAUAACAAGUCAUGGAUGCUGCGCUGCUCUCCUCACAGACACUCUGUCUGUCACAAUAAUAAACAGACUCUCAUACCCAUACAGCCCUCAGGCCCCCGCAGAGUAGGAGUGUAUCUGGACUGGGGGGCUGGUGCUCUGUCCUUCUACAGAGUCUCCUCUGAUGGACUGACCCCCCUGCACAGAUUCACCUCCUCAUUCACUGAGUCCCUCUAUCCAGGGUUUGGGGUUUAUCCAAACUCCCCCGUGUCGCUGUGCAUGCUGGGAUAGCUCACUGUGUGCUGGAGGAAUCAUUUUUACCAUAUCAGAGUCUCACAUGUCGCUGCUUCUCCGUGGCAAA